AUGAAAAUUUUCACAACUUCACACAUAUUCCGCUAUCCCUGGACACAAGUAAGCGCCGCAAAUUGGCGCAAAUACCCAAACGAGAACUGCCCUCACGUAAUAGCAAUAGACGUAAUCGACCAACACGUUGAUCCGGAGACAGCAUCAGUCACGUAUGCCAGGGAAAUCAGCGAAAUAGACCCAAAGAAUAAAGUAUUAAAGAUGACAAGCUGGAAUUUGAAUUUGAAGCAUUUGGUCAAUGUUGCUGAGACCGUUGUGUAUUCGGAAGAUCCCGAAGAUUCAUCAAGAACUUGCUUUACUCAAGAAGCAAGCAUAAAGUGCGGAGAAUCUCUCGAGCGCUUUGCGAAUUAUAUCGAAUCUUUUUGCGUCCAGCGAUUCCAUGACAAUGCACAAAAGGGGCGUCAAGGAUUUGAAAAGGUGUUAGAACGACUGAGGCAGAGCAGUGAUGCGACAUCGUACUGCACAAGAAACGCAUGA